AUGCCUACCCUUUCCACUUUUCUUUCGGUAUCGCUGCCUGUGAUUCUGGCUGCUCUGAUUUACCAGCUAGGGCUGCCGGCUUUCAUCAGCGAAUACAUACCAUCCACGUUGCUUCCAAAUCUCUUCGUACCCACAUACUGCUACAAGUCUGUCAGAACGCUUUCGUCGGAGUUUCCGCAUGCCGAGUGCUUUACCAUUCACGACGGCAAAUUCUCCAGUGUCUUCGUAGACAAUGCAGCCCCUGAUGCGGUCAAGGAAUCCCGCACAGGUUACGUGUACCCUGGUUUUUGGGAUGGUCACGGUCACUUGGUCCAGUUUGGAGAAUCUCUAGAUUCAGUGAGCCUCUUUGGCGCCGAUUCAAUGGACGAGAUCAAGAGGAGACUGUUGGAUAUACCUCCCGGAGGCGAAGUGCCGGCAAAGGGUGUCUUCUGCGACAAUGCCAUGGAUAUCGUACUGGAGUAUUACCCAAAGCCGACCCAAGCGCGCAAAACCGAGUUCAUUAAGACUGCGAUGGCAGAGUUAAACAAACAUGGUAUUGUCGGGAUGCACGACGCCGGUGUAGUGCCGGCAGAUUUGGAGCUAUACGAAGAGCUCGCGAACGACCCGGACUGGACUGUGAGAGUCAAUGCAAUGAUCGAAUGCGACGUCCGGAACACGUUUUGUCCCGAGGCGGUCAGGAAAGUUUCGACUCCGAAUGGCCGAUUCCAUGUGAACAGCGUCAAGCUUUUCGGAGAUGGGGCUUUGGGCUCCUGGGGCUCAGCUAUGAUUGAGCCGUACAGCGACAAACCGGAGUCCUCCGGCUCUUUACUCGUCAACGCGACUACGCUGUCAAGUGUGACAUAUGAUUGGGCCGUAAAGGCAGGGUACCAAGUUAAUAUUCAUGCUAUUGGGGAUCUUGCUAACAGGCUUGCGGUUGACGCGUUUGAAGCGGCGUUGAAACGCUUGUGCCCCCACGCUAACCUCCGCGACUGUCAAGCUAAACGUCGUUUCCGCAUCGAGCACGCCCAAAUCAUCCAUCCAGAUGACCAGCGCAGGAUGUCAGAACUUGGUAUCAUUGCGUCAAUACAGCCCACGCACGCGACCUCGGAUAUGGGUUAUGCGGAGAGCAGGCUUGGCCAGCAACGAACAAAAGAUGAGGCGUACCGAAUGCGGUCGCUCUUACCACUUCGUCCAGUCCUCGGUAGCGACUUCCCAGUUGAACCCGCGAGUAUCUUCGAGGGAAUGUAUGCGGCAAUCACGCGACGAAGUCCACGUACAGGACUGGACCCUAGCGGUGGCAAGGCUGGCUGGUAUCCCGAAGAGAGCCUCACUUUCGAACAAGCUUUAGAGGGUUUUACGGUGAACGCUGCAUAUGGUGCCUUCUUAGAAGGCAAAGCUGGUGUCAUCGAAGCGGGGGCGUAUGCUGACUGGGUUGUUGUCGACGAACAACUUGAAUCGCUGGGCCCAGAAGCAUUGAGGAAGGUGACAGUGAAAGAGACGUGGGUGGGCGGCAAGCGAGUCUAUUGA